GUUUACAACAGCCAGAGCGCGUUUCCGGCGGCAUGGAGAAAGGUGUGGGUUUUAUUUCUUCAUUCAAGAUUCAAGUCGAUUUAUUGAGAUCUGAUGGAGGUGAAAGAGGAAGUUCAAGAACUGAACGCAGUGGAGGAGGGUCUCUUAACUGGAGAAGAAACCGUUAAUCGCUCACGGACUGAAAAGAACGUCUCACGGAAAACAACUCAAAGAAAAGCCAAAAAGUCUUUCACGUGUCAACACUGCGACAAGAGUUUCAAAGCUAAGAAAGACCUUAGUAGUCAUAGAAAAAUUCACACUGUGGAAACACUUUUCAAUUGCCCGCAGUGUGAAAAGAGUUUCAGAGGUAGAUCCAGACUUAAGACACACUUAAGAAUUCACACUGGAGAGAAACCAUACACCUGUCCUCAAUGUGGAAAGAGUUUCAUAGGUAGAUCCAGACUUAAGACGCAUUUAAGAAUUCACACUGGAGAGAAACCAUACACCUGUCCUCAAUGCGGAAAGAGUUUCACGCAAGCGGGAACUCUUAGAAAACACAUAAGAAUCCACACAGGAGAGAAACCAUACACAUGCCCUCAGUGUGGAAAGAGUUUUACUGGCUCAACAGCUCUGAGUUAUCAUCUGCACAUUCACUCUGGAGAACGACCGUUUAACUGCGAUCAGUGUGGUAAAGAUUUUAUUUCAUCAACACAUCUAAAAACCCACCUGAAAGUUCACUCGGAUGAAAAGCCUCAUGUGUGUUCUUUCUGUGGAAAGAGGUUUUCACGACUGGAUGCUUUAAAAUUGCACCAAAAAAUACAUACGGGUGAGAGAGACCAUGUGUGUUUGCAGUGUGGGAAGUGCUUCAUUUCGUCUUUCCAGCUGAAAAUGCACCAAAGAAAUCACACUGGAGAAAGACCUUUCAAGUGCUCACAUUGUGACAAGAGUUUCACUCAGGCAAGAAACCUGAAAUCACAUCAGCAGGUUCAUAGUGGAGAAAAGCCCUACAGCUGUACUCAAUGCGGAAGGAGAUUCACACAACCAAACAGUCUAGUGGCUCAUGUUAAAAGGCACUGUCCAAAGUUGAACAAUAAAAUGUAAUUAAAAUACAAUUUUCAAUACAGCAGGUUGGAUUGUCAGCUUCUUGUUUAAGAUACUGUAAAGUCAUCUGCUUAUGACUAAUUAGUCCAUAAUGUGUACUAUAUAGUAAUCUGAUUGUACAUGAAACA